CCUUGUGGUAACAAGCAGGGUUUGUCCUUCAGUGCUCAACAUAAAGCAGUCACCACUUUCACCCGCAGCACACCCGGAAUACGUGUUCUUGAAAGGAAACUACACCGCUGUGGAUCAUGGCGGCAAAGAUUUUGCCCGUAGUGAAACUGGCAGCCAAGGUGACCAUAGCAGGAGGAGCUCUGUAUGUGGCCUGUGACUCUGGUCUGCUGGGGGGCAGCGAGCAGGGAUCCGAGGCGCUGCAGAAGGCCAAGGCUGCAAUCCCCCCCGCCGUACAGGAAUGGAUGAAGUACUUCGGCCUGGAGGCUCAGCUCCCAGCCAUGCCGAAGGUUGAAUUCUCUCCCGUUCAGUCGUGGAAUUCUGGAGUACGGUGGACGGUUUCAUCUCUUUCUGAGGCUCCAAUGAAGGCAACUGAAUAUUCAAGUCAGGGUCUGCAGUACCUGAAAGACCUCACCAAGUGAACUGGAAGUCUGGGCAACCAGACAUUUAUCCAUCUUUUUGACUCUUGCACUUGAGCAACAUCACUUCUUCAAAUGUUGCCGUCCCUCACAAGAAAAAAAGAAAACUGCUUGAUAAAAUUAAGCUACUAGGAGUGUCCUCUUUUGAAUGGUUCAGCGGCAUUUGGUGUGAGGUAUACAUUAGACAAAACGUUAUGUCAUUUAUGUAUUCCACAAAUUUGUUUGUACAGACUAAUUCAACCCCCCCCAAACCAUUCAAAAAAUGUAACAAGUGUCUGUUGUGUAUGUAUAUAUGCAGUUUCACUUUGUGACUAAUACAUCAAUCUUAAAACAUGUCCUGUAUAUUUAUUAAAUCGAAGUACAACACAA